CCGGGCGGUCAUUUUGGCUUCUCCCCUGUGUUCAUCCGGGCAGAAGUUCCGGAGCGCAGGGUGUGCGCGAGGUGACUUGCAGGAGAAGGACUCAGAGGAGUCGUUGACCCAGCCAUACAGAGGCGGGUCUGAAGCUAGGCGACGCCGCUCGGGGUGCCCCGCACCGGGGCCGGUGUAAGAACCUUCUGCCCGCUCCCGGCCCCGCUCCGCCCACAGGCCCGGAUGGCGGCAGCCACGCUGAGGGACCCGGCUCAGAUACAAGCAGAGGGGUCAUUACCUUCUCAGCAGUAGUUCUCUUCUUGUGAGGCGAGGGCCGUAUGCACCAUCCUGAUCCUGAGGCCUGUGGAGCGCAAAGAACGGCAUUGCCCAGAGGACCGUGCACCGAGUGACGCCCGCGUGGAGCCAAUGAAGGUCCAGGAGACGGGCGUUUCCGUGUGUGCCAUCACGUCGGGGCAGGACUUCCGGGGUCCUUGUGGCAGUCGUUUUGGCAGCUCUCAGGUCUGUUUCCUGUUCAGAGGUUCCAGAGCACAGGGUCAGGACAAGGUGACGACGGGGGAGGCACGAGAGGAGGCAUCCCCGCGGCACUGCACUGCUCCCGGCCCUGCUCUUCCCACAGAGUCCGAUGGCGGCGGCCACACCCAGGGACCCACCUCAGGUUGUUGGUAUGGAAUGGAGGAUGAGGAGGCCGUUUCUGUGCAACAGAUGGCACUGGGCAAGACUCCAAGUCCAGAUUCCUCCGUUUGGAGAGCUCAGCCCUGUGAGAAGUGUGUCUUGCUUGGGAGAGACAUUUUGUACAUGGCUGAGGACCAAGGAUCACAUCCUGGGCAGAAAUCCUACACCUGCGAGGCAUGUGGGAAACGACUGUGGUUCAGUGCAGAUCUUCACCAGCAUCACCAGCACAACGAAGAGAAGCCAUUCAGAUGGGACAUGGAGCUUGUGACAAGCUACAAACUGCAUGUGUCAGGGAAGCCUUUCCCCUGUGGGGAAAUUGGGAAGGACUUCCUGGCCAUAUUGAGUCUUCUCCAGCAUCAGGCCACUCUCAAAGGGGCCAAUCCACACAGCAGCUUGGAACUUGAGGAGUCCUUUCAGGGUAGAGAAAGUCCUCACACAUGCAGCAACUAUGGGAAAUCGUUCAGCUGUGAAUACAAACUUUUCCAGCAUCAGCAAGUUCACACCAGAGAAGGUUAUCAGGACUGGGAUAACUGUGAGAAACCUUUUAACCAAAGCUCCACCCUUACUAAUUGCUCGAGAGCUUACCCAGGACCAAGGACUUACGAGUGUAAUGAAUGUGGGAAAUCCUUUAGCCAAAGCUACAAUCUCAUUCAACACCACAGAAUUCACACUGGCGCAAGGCCUUAUAAAUGCAGUGAAUGUGGAAAAGCCUUCAGCUUCAAAUUCAGACUUGUCCAGCACCUACAAAUUCACACUAGAGUGAGGCCUUAUGCGUGUGGCGAAUGCGGGAAAGCCUUCAGCUACAGCUCUACUCUCAUUAAACAUCAGAGAGUUCACACGAGAGAAAAGCCUUACAAGUGUGGGGAGUGUGGGAAUUCCUUCAGCCAAAGCUCCAACCUCAUUCAACACCAGAAAAUUCACAGCGGAGCCAGGCCUUACAAGUGCAAUGAAUGUGCAAAAUCCUUCAGCUACAAAUGCAAACUUGUUCAGCACCUGCGCAUUCACACAGGAGAAAGGCCUUAUGAGUGUGGCGAAUGUGGGAAAUCUUUCAGCCACAGGUCCACUCUCAAUCAACACCAGAGAAUUCACACUGGAGCCAGACCUUAUAAGUGCAGUGAGUGUGACAAAUCCUUUAGCCAAAAGUCCAACCUCAUCCAGCACCGGAGAGUCCACACAGGAGAAAAGCCUUAUGAGUGUGGGGAGUGUGGGAAAUCCUUCAGCCAAAGCUCCCACAUCAUUCAACACCGAAAACUGCACACCAGAUAACCUCAUGAAUGCAGUGGGAAAGCCUUCCCUAUAAGGUCUAAUAUUCACUAUAAGGGAACCAACUAGGAUAUUAUAUAAACCAGGGGUAAGAGAGCCCCCCAAAGACUUCCCCUGCUCUGUCUUGAACUUUCUAAAUGAAGGGCUAGCUGUUUCCCUUCCUCACGAAGUUUCUGACCCAGUUUUGAUGAAGCUUGGGGGGGUGGGAGUUCAAAAUACUAUUUACCUUCCCAGGCCUCCUAGAGUACCAUGAGAACAGCGUAAUCUCUGUGUCACCACAUACUGUGGAACACUAGGGUGGGGGAAAGUUGUCCCAAGUACUGCAAAGGAAUCAUGUGCCUUCAUGUGUGGGUUCACUUUUCUGGGUAUCACUGCUUGUAGUAAGAGGACAUAGAGGGGCCAGGUGACUUGUACAGAAACAGGACUGCAGGAUGAUACAGGAACUUACAUCCACAGAUAUUCCAGUGACCAUGCCUGUGGUUCAAGUUUAUAACACUCCACAUCUGUAGUUGAGGAACCUGAGGCUGUUCUCAGACUUAAGUUUUAUAGUCCAGAAAAUGGCAACAGGAUGUUGCUCACCAGGAUCGAAAUUAUCUUGAAUUCUCAGUGAUGCAGGGCAUCCCUGACGUACAAUGAGGGGCGAUGGACUUUUGUGCAAAAAAAAGUGGGGGGACCUAAGACCUCUAUUUGAUUUUUUUAAUAAAGCUUUAUUGAAGGUUAAUGAACAGGCUGUAAAACUGCACAUAUUAAUUGUAUAACCGAACCACAGAUGGUAAUAAAUCUAUAUAUAUAUAAGUCCAAUGUUUACUUUUAAAAACCAUUUUCCUUUAAUGUUUUAUUUUGAGAGAACCAAGAUGUUGCUUCAUUUAUCUAUGCUGCUGACCACCACAAAUAAAACUUCAAACGUAUAAAAAUGAACCUUUCUAAGGA